UUAAACGUUGUCUCUCGUUGUUGUGUAUGCUAGCACGGAGUGUUUACAUUCGAAAUUACUUAAAAUGACAUUUUACGACAAACUAGGUAAGAAAUGCCUCGAGCAACUGAACUUCGAACCAUGUCGAACGCUCCUGCGAUUGGCAAAAUCAGCUGAAUUAGAUAUGACUGAUGCAAAAUUCGCAGAGAUGAUGGACGAUAGUGAUGAGUUGAAGAAUCUUCGAGGAGAAUUUUUCUAUCCGAAGAUGAAGGAUCUCCCUCAAGGUAAGGUGAAUUUGUCAUCACGACGCCAGUUUAAGAUUUAAGAAUUUAAAAUUUCAAGGGAUACAACUAGCUAUAUUUUUAGUAUGAACAUGCCUAUUAAACACAGAAUCUUGAUUGAACAACUCCUCAUGGCGUCCGGAAGAGAGGGCAUGAAAAGCAUUUUGUGGACAGAAUCACACAUAUUCCAAUUGAGCUUAGAACAUAUGAAAAUAUGCUAAAAUUUCCGCAAAGCCCCACACUACAUUAUGCAUUCAGUUCCCGGAUAAAGAAAACAAUGACAAAAACAAUACAUUGCCAUUGGGAAAAUAGAUUUGUUUUUGGCUAACGCUCGAAACGUCAGCUUUUUUACCCUUUACGGUGGCUAAUUUACGUUUUCAACCCAGUUGUCAACACUAAAUUACUUACUUGUUUUACAAUAGUAUGGGGCUGUGCGGAAAUUAUACCUUAAAUGAAGAUGUAGAUGCAAGCCGUACAGCUGGCUUACAGAUAUUCCUCGUAUAAUUUAGAAUCAUUUGAUCCUGAACAGCAAUUCUGUACAAUGUGGAUUUUUUUGAGGGGAGUUCAGCUCCAUAAUGUAUCUUUGAUAUCUUUGACAUGAGAUAUUUCGGGAUAUUUCGUUACAUGAUGAGAAAGAUUCAAAUUUCUUUUUGAGGUCAACAAACCAGUCCACAUGUUGCACGUGUUGCAGUUAUCUCCUGCUUAAAAAAAAUUACUUAGUGGCUAGCCCAGAGGAAAAAUAUGAGUUUUAAUUCCCAAGAACCCAAAUGUUUCUCAAGGCAAAGCUUAUUGGGAACACAGUGGGUUGACGGAAAAUAAAGCUUACUGUUUCUUGGGAGACUGGCCAUAUUUUUUUUUGUACCUCGCAUCUCAAAAAUAGAACUGGUCAGUGUAAAACAAUCGCUCUGACAAAGGGCUAGUGCUCAAAACGUCAGCUUUUUUACUCUUUAUGGUGGCCAAUUUACAUUUUCAACUCAGUUGUUAACACUAAAUUACAGUGUAAAACACAGACUACAGACUGCAGAACAGGGGUAAAAUGCAGACUGAGGGUAAAAUGCAGAAUGAAGACUGCAGACCAGAGGUAAAAUGCAGACUUGGAUCUUUUGUUGAAAUUUAUAGAAAUUUCUGGUUUCUCUAAAAAACUUGAGACUUCUACUUGCUCUUAAUUUGUUUCCAUUUAAGGAAGACUCUGCCAUUUUUCCAGUGAAUUAAAACAUGUUAAAGCAAAACUAAAUUUCUGAGCAUCCCCUGUCAGCCAACAAGAAGUGUGACACGGGUUAAGUUGGCCAUGAUAGCUGCAGAUUUACCUCAGGUUAAUACUGAAGUGAAACGCCCAGGAGACAUUUGGAGGUUUUUAACUAGACCCUUAUCUCUAACCCCCAACAAAUUUGCAUUAAAUUUAAAGAACUUGCAUGCCUAACUUGCAGUGUGAAACAAAGGUACUCUCGAAGUUUUUCUGGGAAAGCGGGUUGUUCUAGAACCCAGUUUGCAUUUUACCCCUGGUCUGCAGUCGGUCGUCAGUCUGCAUUAAUUUUUAUCCCCAGUCUGCAGUCUGCCGUCUACAUUUUACCCUCAGUCUGCGUUUUAUCCCCACUCUGCAAUCUGUGGUCUGUGUUUUACACUGACUGAAAUAGAACAGAGGCAUCUGUCAUACUUGGGCUAAGUUGUCUAUGUUGCUGGCCAAAAAGCACAGAAAACUUAAAAUGGUAGUGAAGAAAGCAAAAACUCCUGGUAAACUACAAGUGUCACUUUAAGUAGGGGGAAAAUUGUUAUGAACACACUGCACAACUGACGUAGACUAGAUACACAUUUAUCCAAUAGCUGCUCAAAGAGAGUAACUUGGUCUAAAAAAGGAUGAAACAAACUGAAAAAAAUAUGUUCGGAAUUGAGAAUUAAUUGCUGACAAACAUCUCUCACAAUGAUACUUCCUCUUUUUUAAUUCAGUUAAAUCAGCAGCAGGUUUUUUUGUCUUUCAUAUGAAAGAAGGGCUAAUGGAUGUUAGUCUGCAAAGAGCAAAACUAAAGUAGAUCUUGGUUUCUUCUAAAAUUUUACUGGAAAUCUUCUGGUAAAAACAGAUCACAAACAAGUAGUGAUAUUACCACUGAGAUUCCAACUGUUAAGUCCCAGUUUUCCAAUAUCUGCCCAUCCCAUUUAAGUACUACUGAAUCUUAAAUGUUUGCCUGUUUCUGAAAAAAAGUGUCUAAGGAAAGUUAGAGUGACAUUAGGAACAGUGUUUUGUUGAUAUGUUUUGACCAUGAAGUAAUCAAUGUCUUGCAAAACUUUUCUUAGUGCAAUCCAUGCCAAAUUGCUACUGGAAAGCAUAUUUGAAUUUAAUUUCUUCACACGAGCUGUCACAAAAAUAUUCAGCGGUUUCAUGGUGCAUGACUGGAUCUUGUGUGAGUUAAAAGUUGCUUUUACCCUAAGGGAUUUGUGAGUUUUGUUGACCUGAAGAAAUUAGCGAGUUUUGGCCAAUAACAUGUGGUAUAUUCUCUUGGAAAACAAAAAAGGUAUUUGAUCUGUGGGGGAUGUCAUAUAUUAUGUAACAAGGACAAAUAGAGCAUAGGGAGAGAGAAAAAGGGAAAAGCACAGGGUUGACUUGUUUGCAUGCAUUUGUGUUGUUCAUUGGUUACAUAAGUAGCAAUUAGUGGAACAUCAAAAGGUAUAACAAAAGAUCUUACAUUACUCUGAUGAUCUCUAAAGUUUGUUUUCAUUUUACACCUGGCAACUGUAUACUUUAUGAGUAAAAACAGGAAGCAAGGUCAAUUAGAUUUUAAUUAUGGUGCUUUGGGAAAAACUUAAAUGUCUCUGAUCUCAAUUAAGUCUGCGUGGUCCUGUAGCAUUGGAUUUUGGCAAAUGAUGAGCUUAAUAACUGUUGAUAACUUUUAGCCUUUAAUUUGGAAAUUUUUAAAAGUUGUGAGGAUGUUUCUUACUUAAAGAGUAAGAGAGAGGUUGGGGAAGGGAAAUCUCUCGAAGACAUGUUAUAGAAAUUUUUGGCAAAGAUGCCCAAACUAAGACUAAUUAGUAACAGCUAUUUUUGGUUAAUGUCAAGUUAUAAUGUCUAGUAGAGUUAAAACAUAAUUAUUAUUAUCAUUUUAUCAGGUAAUGUGCAGCAUUUUGCAGGCUAAAAUAGAGGGACAUUUUAGUCUGGAAUGUUUUGUGGUCACUUUUUCAGUUCCAAUUUUUCCUCAAUGCCUCCAAAGAGUAGUAGAAUUUAUGUUUUUGGACAUAAAUAUGUUUUUUGGCCUUUGUCUGAGUCAUUUUGAUCCUUGUCUAGCAGCUCAGGCUAAAAUGACUCUUAGUUGCAUCCAAAACUUAUUUAUGCCAUUCAACAUAAACUCUAUUAGUUUAUUAAUUACACUUUUUCUGCACAUGCAGUUGAUCCUGCAAUAGUGGAUAUGGAGAUGGACAGCAUGUACUUCUGUGGAAAUUCUUUGGGACUCCAACCCAAAGAGUCGCGUACAUUGGUCAUACAGGAGCUGGACAAGUGGCAAAAAAUGUACAUAAUUAUAUUUCUCUUUCUCAGUUGAAGUUUUAUUUGUUACAUGGCUUAGCUUGAAUGAAGGAACCGUCAGUGAGGUUGAUUAGUACUGUUAUCUAAAAGAAACAAGGGACAUAUCCAGAGCUUCUUUAGUAAUAAUUAAGAGUGUAAUGAAAUUUAGGGGGGUAAGAACAUACAGUAAUGCAAUAUGUCACUUUUUGAAGAUGUGUUCAUCCUCAUUCUAUUUUCAGGGGAGUUCAUGGUCAUUUUUGUGGUGCUCUUCCUUGGUGGAAAAUAGAAGACUUUGUACUUUCAGAAAGUGCCAGAAUAGUUGGUAAGGUUUCUAUACAAUCAAUAGAAAAGGGAAUGCUUUGUUUUUUAUAUAAUUGAUUGUAACAAAUUAAGAUAAAUCAAUUUUAUGAACUUCAACUUUUUAUUCAAACAGGUAAAAUAAUUUAUCUAUAGGUGUGUUGCUGUUCCUUGCAUAUUACUUAUAAAUUGACAUAGUUAUCUUGUUUCAUUUUUUUCAUUGACUUUUUUAUUUAUAUAAUCUUCUUUUUGACAAUAAAUUAGCCCCAAUCAUGCAAUAAAGUGCUCACAAUAUUGACAUUAGUUACAGAGAAGAAACAGACAAGUAUCUACAAUAUAUUAGCUAUAGAUUCAAAUCUUGCCAAUAAAACAAAAAUGGGAAGACUGUUUAAAUGAGAGGCCAGAAUCUCUGUUGCUAAUGUUGAGUUUCUUAAUUGAUACCUUAUUUUGAAGGUGCUAAGGAUAUAGAAGUUGCCAUCAUGAACUCUUUGACAGUAAAUCUACACCUUCUGUUGGUGCCAUUUUAUAGACCAACACCUCAGAGACACAAAAUUUUAAUAGAGGCAAAGGCAUUCCCCUCGGAUCAUGUAAGUAUUAUAUGAAUGUGUUAAUACUAUGUAACCAUAUUUCUAUGUGGCAAGUGUGAAUGUCUGUGAGCCAGUAUGUAUGGCUAAGGGAAGGAGAUGGCAAGGAAGGUCAGAAGGGAGGCUGGUAGGUAGAUAGGGAGGAAGGAUGGAAAGGAGAAAGGAAACAAGCAGAGUAAAAGACCAGGAGUUAUGAAAGUCAGGAAGAGAGAGAGGUUGUUAGGAAGAAGGUUCAGGAAUGGAGGGAGGUAAGAUGGCAGGAAGGAAGGUAGAUCAGGAAGUGUGGAAAGGAGAAAGGAAGGAAAAGGGAAGGAAUGGAAGGAGGGAGAUGUUGAGGUUAGGGGGAGAGGGAGAUUUCUAGGAGGAAAGGUCAAGACUGGAGUGAGGAAAGAUGGGAGGAAGAAGCCAAGAAAGUAAGGGAGGGAAGGAGGGAGGAAGCAAGCAAGUAAAAAGGGAAGGGAAGAAGAUGUUGAGGUCAGGAAGAGAGGGUGGUUGCAAGUAAGAAAGGUCAUGAACAAUGGAGGGAGGAUGCAAGGGAGGAAGGAGGGUGGGAAAGAAGGGAGAAAAGAAGGAAGGAAAAAGGAGAGCAAGAGAGGGAGGUGGAUAGAAAGAAGAGUCAGGAACAGAGUGAGGUAGGAUGGAAGGAAGGAAGUAAGGUCAGGAAGGAUGAAAGGAAGGGUUGAGGGAAGAAAAGGAGGAUAAGUGAAAGGGAGGGAGAUACAGCUAUGAACUAAAGAAAGUCAGGAAUGGAAGGAUGGAGGUAUGAUUGUCAGAAAGAUGGAGAGGUAGGCAUAAAGGAAGAUUAGGGAGAGAGUAAGGGAGCUAUGAAACACUGUAACCCAAGAAUUUUAUUUGCAGUAUGCAAUGCAGUCACAGAUUAGUUUCCAUGGAUACAAUCCAGCAGAAGCCCUUAUGGAAGCUACACCAAGAGAGGUAAUAAACUUAGGGGUGUUUACAGUUCCUGAUAAAAAUAAUAAUAGUUAGAAAAGAGAUGUAAAUCAGACAAACAAUAACAUGUCUAGUUUAGGCUGUAUCUUUGGGCCAACCUUUAAAAAGUUGUUCAUUAAAGAUUACAGUUCAAUGAACUGUAUUUUUCUCUACACUCGUGUAUAUUGAGCACUUUCCAACAGCAUUUGCUACAAUUUCCCACAAUUAUUCAUUAAAGAUAAAUAUAUUUUUGGCAUGAAUUUAUUGCGAAGUAUGUGUGUGUAUAUUUGAACUCAGAUUUUUUUUAUUGGUGUGUGUAAGAGUGGUACGUGACAUGCAUUAAAUUAAUUCAACAUGUUUAAAUUUUGAGAUGUAUUGGUGUUGUCACUAGGUAUUUGCUGAAUAAUGAUGAAAUUUAAAUUUGAAGCUAUUACAUUGUUUGACGAAAGCUAUUAAAGCUAAGUUUGAGUCAAAUAAUGAAUUCUGCCUAGGGUGAGGAACUACUCAGAACUGAUGAUAUUCUGUCCUUAAUUGAAGAACAUGGAGAUUCAAUAGCACUUGUUAUGUUCAGUGGUAAGUAUAUUGAUAUGCAUGAUACCUGAUGGUUCAUGAUUGGCUAAAAUUUAGGAAAAACAACUGCAUGCGACAGAUCAUACAAACACCAGACAUUUCUAGCGGAAUCCUGCAUGUCUUGUCAUUUAAUUUUCUUCAGUUUUGUCUUUGAAAUGAGUAAGGCUUAUUAUGCAAAUUUGGUUUUCAGGUGUUCAAUAUUACUCUGGACAAUUUUUUGACAUAAAAAGAAUUACUGCAUCUGCACAGAAAAAGGUGAGACUGAUAUAAUUUGUUGCUCUACUUUUGUGCAUAAUUUUGCAUAAUGUUAUUAAUAUUUAAGUUGGUCAUCAACUGGGAACAACUGUGUUUUAUUACAAAAACCUCAGAUUAGGAACUCUUUUCUUGUCAUUAUUAUUUUAUUAGUGGUACAUAAUGUAUUAUGUGCAUACAAAAUGCUUGAUAAGACACCAACAAUGUGGGUUCAAUUGCCUAACAAUCCCAUAUUAUUUGUAUAUCAGGUAAUCACUUGAUUUUGGAUGCAAUUUGGGAUAAAGUAGCCUAUUAAGUAAAUUUGUCAAAGGUUGAGGGAAUUUGUGCAUGUAUACUUACUUAUCAAGUAGCAUAUUUUAAUUGUUAUUAAUAUUGAUUAUUUAUAGUGGCUCUUUUUGUCAAAUGAUUUACGGUAUGCUAAACUUAAACUUUCAUUCACAUAAUUGCAAUUUCCUCUCUAUGAAAAGGGUUGUGUGGUUGGUUGGGAUCUAGCACAUGCUGUUGGAAAUGUGGAAUUGAAACUUCAUGACUGGAAUGUUGACUUUGCCUGUUGGUGUUCUUACAAGGUGAGCUGGUUUUACAUUUUGCCAACCCACAUGUGAAUAACUAGGUGACCUGCAUUCAUCUAUACAUGCUCAUUGGUCAGCUGAUGAGCAGAAGUAUUUGUGAUGUAUAUAUUAAUGUGUGUUUUAUAGUAAUGUAAUAGCUCAGUCAUUAUAAAAAUUUAUUUUGAUCACUUGAUUUUGCUGUUUAAAAGUAUCUCAAUUCAGGACCUGGAGGUAUUGCUGGAGCAUUUGUCCAUGAAAAACAUGCCUACAACUUUGACCUUCCCAAGUAAGUUUUCAAAAGAAGCAUGUAAUGAACAAGUAAAACACCAUUUUGUGUGUAUUGAAUUAUUUUAAUGACCACUCAUUCUUGGAGCAGUCCAUUUUGUAACUGAAAAAAAGUUUCCCUUGUCUUUCGCUCAGGAAUAUGGUAAUGAGGGCUCAUGCUACAUUUGGAUGGCUGUACUUUAUGGAGGCUUAGCCAGAAAUUAAUUUUGGCUAUUGGCCUUGGCAGAUAAAGAUGAAUGAAAAAUAAGAAAACUAGUUUUGAACACUUGUCCCAAACCCUCUCCAUGGGAAGAUAUAAAUCCAAAUUAUUUGGGUUGCUAAGGUGACCUGACAGUUGUUAACAGGAGUGCCAUUUAGUUGUGAUUGAUAAGUAGUAUUUGAUUAGGAUAAUGAUAAAUUGAUAACACUAAUCAUUCUUAUGGUUACAUGAGGAAGAUUUCUUUAACACCAUUUUCAAAAAAUUUCCUGACACGUAGCAAUAAACAUUCGUUUAACUCGUUCUAGGGCAGGAGAACAUUGGUUGAUUAGAUGUUCUCUUGUUGGUUUUUAACUGAGCACUUAUGUUCUGUAGGUUUGCUGGCUGGUGGGGUCAUGACAGAACAAGUCGUUUUGAAAUGGGCCAUGGUAACAUUAUAUUCCUAUUUUAUUAAAUAUAUUUUAAUUAAAAAAGAUAACAUUGGUUUUGGUCCAUGCUCAACAGCUAAGAAUUAAAGGGGUAUGUGGAAAAAAGCCCUAUUGUACGUAAUAAAUGACUUUUGAUGAAACAUAUUCUCCUUGCAUUUUGUGGUGUAUGAUGUAAGUCUUCACGCUGUCACUUGUCAGCCUCGUUUGCAUGUUUCACGGCAGUUGACAUAUUGUGUAAAUAUAAACCUUUGUUGAGUUUUCCUUCAUGCCUUAAAGUCUAUUCUGAAACUAUAUGCUACACAUUUCAUAGAGGAAAAAGACAAAUUGGAAGUCAUGUAGACUAUCAAAAGCCACUCAGGGUAUUUUCUCUCACCCCUUCUCAUUAAUCAUAUAAUUCAAUUGUCAAGUAAGCCUGGCCUGGAUGGGUAAGCACAGAAUUUAUAUUUCUUCACUCAGCUGGUCUCCUUAUAUUUUCCUGUAACGGACAGUGCGAGGAUUUGUUAAGUGACAGGGCAGUUAUUCUAGGAGAUCAUUUCCUUGAUUCUCAUGACCCUAACUCGUGAUGUGCUGAAACUGUAUAGAGAAAUUUGAUGCUGAAUAUACUUGGACAUGAAGAGGAUAUAAAAGCUUCCAGUUUUGGUUAUAAUCCUUACAUGUAAACCAUUUUCCUUUUGGUGCAGAAUUCAAGCCACUACCUGGAGCUGCUGCCUAUCAGUUAUCUAAUCCACCUCUACUGCAAACUGUCUCAUUAUUAGGAAGUUUGAAUGUAAGGCACCUGUAUUAGUUCACCACCAAACUUAUUGUUGGUCAUUUCUAAAGCUUGUUUUUGUACUUCUGUUUGUUAGAAGAGCUGAACGUGUUUUUCUAUUUAUUGAGCUGAUACACAAUACUGCGUUCACCAUGCGCAAAAAACGUAACAUAAACAAACAAACAAAAAAUAAACUUGUAACCUGGUAGAUGACAACUUGUACAUCAAGAGACUAACUCUUGUUUCACUAGUCACUUACAGACCUAAGACCAUAUAACUGCGUUAAUCUGUUGCGUGUGUAGGAAGGCUGCAGUAGCUGUCUUGUGUUACACAAAGAAGGAGAGCUAAACUAAUAGGGAUGUGUUGCUCUUUUCCUUUUCAACCAGAUUUUUGCAAAAACAAGCAUGAAGAAUCUUAGAGCAAAGUCAGAUUUAUUGUCAGGUAAAACAACGAAUAUUCAAAAAGUAAUUUAAUUUUCGUACACAGUAAAUAAUGUCAAAUUUCCAUUUUCCCGUCUUUGCUCAUGCUCCGAUAUAUCAAAAAGAAAAAAAUUGUCUUUAAACUCACUUUUGAAAAGUAAGCUCAGGUAAUGCUCCAGAUAGGAUAAUUUAGUUUUGUCAACUGAGCUGAUGAUGUGAAUUUAGCCACCGUAGAGAGUUUCUCAGCUGCUCUGCGGCCUUAUAAGGUCUUUACGGUGGCCAAUUUACAUUAUCAACUCAGUUGAUGAACCAAAUUAUUUUGAGUGGUUAUACACUCUCCCGCCGACGCAGAACCACAGUCUCUUUAGAAACUUUUCCCUUAAUACUCUGGAUAGGCAAGAGUUUUUACUAAACUGGGAAAUGUUUUCUUUCAGCUUAUCUUGAGCUUCUUCUCCUACACCAUUUUGGAGUGCCACAAGACGAUGAUAAAACACCUACGAAACGGCAAAAAGUGGAGAACGGUUUUGCAGAAGACAAGAAAAACAUACAUGUGUCAAUCAUUACGCCAGUCAACCCAGCUGAGCGUGGUUGUCAGCUGUCAGUCAAAUUCUCUGUACCAAUAAAAUCCGUGCAUAAAGAGCUUGAAAAACGAGGAGUUGUGGUAAGAAUUGAAAUGGUUUAGACAUUCAUGAAAUCUUUUCGUAUCCACUGCUAUAUUAUUGCAUAAUAUUACGGUUUUAAUUUCUUCCAGGUGGAUACACGGGAACCUGACGUCAUGAGAAUUGCUCCAACGCCGCUGUACAACAGCUUCACGGACGUUCAUCGGUUUGUGACGUCAUUAAAGGAAGUUUUUCGUGUGCUGGAUUCCUUUGAAUCCGAAUAGUAUUCUUACCAUUUGGGGUGGUUUUCUGUCUUAUGAAGGAAUUAUUUUGUUGCUCUGUGUUUAGAGGUGAUAGCUUUUACCAACUGAGCAGCGGGUGCAGGAGACACUCAUAUAUUCACACGGACGUUUGCACUCGUAAAGCGCGUGCGCACAUUCGGUGUUGUUUGUGAAAUUUUUCACCAAAUAACAUAGUACAUGGUAUACUAUAAUUUAUUUUAUUUAUUAUUUACCUAUGUAUUGACAAGAUCUCCGUUCAACCCCAUAUCUCAUUACGAACGCAGCACUUCGAUCAAAGAAAGCUAUGGCGAAAACUAUACAUUGCCCUCGUGGCUAGGCUUUGUUUUUUAUUAGUAUGGGGUUACACAAAUCUUUACAUGUAUUUUCCGAUUUAUUUAUAUUUUCUCUUUCUUUUUGGAAUAUUUACGGUCUACAUACACUUGAAAUCGACCACACGACGAAACAGGACAAAAUACAUAUUCAAUAUUUUUUAUGAGUAGCAGCAGUGUGAAGGUUGAGAAAGAUGUUUUUCGUCUUUUCACAAGCGUGGGACAAAGAAAAAAUUCUGAGUGCCCAUGAGGAGCUCAUGGGAACUCAGAAUCUUUGUCCCACGCUCGUGACAAGACGAAAAACAUUUUUCUCGAUUUCUUUACCGAGCUCAAAACUUACCAUGUCUCUUAUUACCAUCUUACCAUGUCUCUUAUUCUAUUUACGAACGUUGAAGUUGUAUGAAUAUAUUUGUAUCUAGACACAAUUGACUAACAAUGAUGUUUGGCAUCUAUUUACACGUACAUUUGUACGUGAUUAUUUAUAACGUAUUUAUAGGGGAAUAAAAUUGGAAAAGUGUUUAUUAUUCAGGAAUUUAAAAAGGUUUUUACUCGGUAAAUGACUACGUUUCGUUUUGGGAGGGGAUGAGGGGGGUAGGAGGGGUGACCAGGUAUCGAGACCAGUCGUAGCCACCAUGGAGCUUUUAAAUGAGAUUACCCCUCGGGGCGGGAAGUGAGCAUUUGGGUGUAUGAGACACGAUACGGCUUUAUAAGAUCACAU